UCUGAAUAAAUCAUGUCAUCCCACUCAAACAGAUGAUUUUUGUGUUCGCCAGAUCAAUGAAUAUAAGCAUAUAUUUUCAUUUUAAUGGAGUAAGAGUAGAGUUAUUUUAAGGGGUGAUAAAAUAAAAGUUUUAACUUCCAAUACCAUUAGAUUGUCUGUUAGAUUUAGGUAAAAAAGAUCUCAGUUGAAAAGUUCAUAUAUUGGUGCCCUGAUCAUUCUUCUUUCAACAUCAAGUUGCAAAAAGCUUUCUUCAUUCUCUGAUCUAUUUAUCCUACAAUUCAGAAUUCUGAUCAGUCCCCAGGUCUUAGGUUGAUGUAAAACCACUAAAAAGAUGCCCUUCUUUUGCAAAAAGAAUCUGGGUUUUUAAAUUUUUGCUUCUGAAAUGUGGGUUUCCCUUUACAAGAAGCAAGAUUUCAACAUCAUUUGCCAAAAAGAAGGGUUUUUCUUUUUUAUAGUGAAAUAAUUCAUUCAAUCUGUUUGAGAAAAAAAAAGAAAAAAGAAAAACUGGUUUUUGUAGAGAUUAGCAUGAGAGCUUGAGUUCAGAUUAUUGGUGAAAGAUUUGAUCUAUGGCUGGUGAAGAUUUGGUGGAACUCAAAUUCAGGCUUGCAGAUGGAACUGACAUUGGUCCAAGCAAGUACAGUCCGGCUACAACUGUGGCAUCUCUCAAAGAGAAAAUACUUGCUCAGUGGCCUAAAGACAAAGAAAAUUGCCCAAAGACAACACAAGAUGUGAAGCUAAUUAAUGGUGGAAAGAUACUUGAAAACAACAGCACACUUGCUGACUGCACACUACUGGUUGGCGAACUUCCGGGCGGUGUAAUCACAAUGCAUGUGGUUCUUCGCCUUCCUUUGUCAGACAAAAACAGUGAGAAACAACAGGAUGAUUCUCCAAAGAAAAGCGGCUGUUCCUGCACCAUCUUGUAGCUGCCUAAUGAGAUUUCUGAUGCCGCUUCCUUGAAUGAAAAUUCCUGUUAUAUCUGUUGUUGUGAGUGCCAAAUUCCUCAACAUUACAAUGUUUCAGGAUUUUUCAAGUGAAGUGGGGGACGAGAGAGAGAGAGAGCCACAAAUAAUGGUGAAGCAGAGAUGAAGAAAACAGGUGUGGGACACAAAUGGUUGAAUUUGUUGUAUUUAUUUACAUAAUAUACAGUCGGUUUGCUUUUUAAUAUUGUGUAGCAAGCUUCAACAACAUGACCCUGCAAUAGCCUGUGAGUUCACUGCAAGUUUGAUCAUUUAAUGACAGUGAAGAAGAAGGCAAUAACUUAAACCUGUAAAGGGUUGUUUCUUUCUCUUAAAGAGUACUAAGGAGAGGCCGAUGAGGAUGGAAUCUAGUUCCGGGCUUUCACAGAUGCCCGGAAUAUUCUUGAUAGUCAUCAUGUCAUGAGUCUCUGUCUCUCUUAAGAGUUUCAGUCUUUAAAGGACCAUAUCAUUUCCUUAUACACAGUUGAGUGAGACCAGUUUAAAGUA